AUGAUUUUUGGACAUUCCAAAUGGUCAUUAGCAGUCUAUUAUAGUGGUUUUGUAGUAAUAAUUGUUUCCUUUUCUCUUCAGAUCAAUUUCUACUGUGGUAUCUUCACGUUGGCCUGCCUCAGUGUUGACUGCUAUCUGUCCAUCGUCCAUGGAGUACAGCUGUUUUCUUGUAAAAAGCCUGUGGUGGUUCACUGUUGCUGCCUGAUUAUCUGUGUCCUCUGCCUGCUCCUUUCCAUCCCUAAUUGGAUCUUUCUGAGCCCCAUCAGUGGCACAAAUGAGGGUAAACGGGAAUGUAUUCACUCUUAUCCGCCCGAUUCCUGGCAUCUUGCCUCUCGUUUUCCACAUCUUUUUGUUCUACCGGUACUUGCGCUGCUGUGCUGCUGUUCCUUUGUCCUGCUAAAGUUACGGCACAACUCAAAGUGCCAGCAGAAGAAGAAGGGCCAAAGUACAGCUAUCAUUGCAGUCCUUGUGCUGGUUUUCUUUAUCUGCUGGACACCCUACAACAUUACCUUCAUCGUGAACACUGUUCAGACAUCAGAGAGCGUCUCUUCAGCAGUGGCAGAAGAGUGUGAAGGGAGGCAGUGGACAGCUAGCAAAAUAACGGCAGUUUUUGGGCUUCUCCAUUGUGUUGUUAAUCCUGUCAUUUACCUCUGUCUCUCCAAAGAGUUCCGGCAUCGUGUACUGACUAUGACACAGUUCAGUGCUUGUAAAACAGAGAGUAAUGAUGUUUCACUUUGGGACUCUAGUGUAGUAAAUAGAAACGCAUCUGUCCAAGAGGAACAAGGUUCACUUCAACCUAUGAAUGACAUUAAUUCAACAAUAAAACCCCAGGAUCAUGAUACAUGAAAAAUAUGGAUCAUAAAACAUUGACUGCUGGACGCACUGUAUCUCGUAAUUCCUAAAAUGUAUGUUAUGCAUUCUUCAUUUAACAUGUGAGCAUUUAAUAGAUAUCACUAAGUAUGGAAUAACCCAGUCAGCCAAGUCCUCCAAAGGUUUCUGUACAUGUAUUCUGGAAUAUUCUCUCAUUAUGGAUGAUAAAGGAUGGACAUGAAGGAAGGACAUGACAUGCUGGCCAACUCAUUUGCACUUUAAUUCUGUUUAAUUUCAUCAGUAAAAUGAUCAUAUUGGGAAUUAUAUGUUUAUUUAUUUUCGCUGUGCUGUUAAUGUUUUGGAAUAAUGUUCUGGAACAAUGUUUUUAGUAAUGGAUUGAUAUUAUCAGCCAGUAUUUGGCCAUUGGUCGGUUCUGUGCCCACUUGCUUGGUUAACAGAUGUCUUCAUUCCCACUCAAUUACAAAAUCAUUUUCAAUGGAUAAUUACCUUUUUUUUUUUUUGUCAAAUUUAACUAUUGUGUGAAAUCUUCAUUUCAGUAUUCAAAACUUUUGUACAUACAUGUAUGCGUGUAUAUAUAUAAUUAUAGUGUAUUUAUAUGUAAUUGUGACAUUUAAAUUGUACAAAAAUUUAAAUAUAUGUAAUUAUGUGACAAUUAUUGUACUUUUAAUUACAAUUGCACAACACACGAAAUGUCACAUUUUACAACCAUUUAAACCUGCUAACUUAUGAGGCUUUGCAUGGUUUGGCACCUCAAUAUUUGUCAGAGCUUUUAACUCCCUACACCCUAAUGCAUGACCUGAAACUGAAAUCUGAAAUCUGAAACUGGUCUGUUAACUGUUCUGUCAACCCGUUUAAGAUCGAUGGGAGAUAGGGCUUUUUCUUCACUUGCUCCAAAACUAUGCGAAUCUUUACCUAUUGAGAUAAGGCAAGCAAAAUCCCUUGGCAUUUUUAAAUCUCACCUUAAAACUCAUUUCUUUAGGGUAGCUCUUGCUUGAAUUUUUGUAUUAAGUCCAUAUUAUUCUAUUUUUAAGUGUUUUGAGUGCAUUUCUUCUCUUCUUCUUAAUUUUUAU